AUGUCCUCAUCUCAACACCCUCUCUCGGGGCUUCGUGUCCUGGAACUCGCCGGUCUGGCACCAGGUCCCUUUUGCGGUCUCCUGCUGGCUGACUGGGGCGCAUCCGUCCUGCGCAUCGACCGACCUGGACCAACGACGACGGACCUGCUCACGUCCAACAAAGCCUCGAUCGCCCUCGACCUCAAGGACGCUUCCUCGCGCGCCAUCUUCCUCUCCCUCAUCCCAACGACCGAUGUGCUCAUCGACCCCUUCCGGCCGGGCGUGCUCGAGAAACUCGGCCUCGACCCGAAUAGCGUGCUCCUGCGCGCCAACCCACGGCUCAUCGUCGUGCGCCUGACGGGCUUCCGCCGCGACGGCAAGUACUCGGCCAUGGCGGGCCACGACAUCAACUACAUCGCUGCGUCGGGCAUGCUGAGUAUGCUGGGCGCCAAGGGACAACCGCCGUCGCCGCCGGGCAACAUCCUCGCCGACUUCGCUGGCGGGGGCCACGCGGCGUUCACGGGCGUGCUGCUCGCGCUGAUCCGUCGGUCGACGAGCGGGCGCGGGCAGGUUGUCGAGGCCAACAUGGUCGACGGCGUCAGCUACCUCGGCACGUUCCCCCGGCUACUGACGAAGGAGCCCAUGUGGAGCGGCGAGCGCGGCACCAACACGCUCGACGGGGGCGCGCCGUACUACGGAUGCUACGAAUGCAAGGACGCCGGCAAGUACAUGUCGGUCGGGGCGCUGGAGCCGCAGUUCUUCGAUGCGCUGCUGAAGGGCCUCGGCUUCUCGCACGACGACGUGGUGCCGGGAAAAGGCCUGGACAGGACCGACAGCCGCGCGUGGCCUUAUAUGCGCGAACUGUUCGCGCGGCGCUUCAGGCAGAAGACUCGAAAAGAGUGGGAGGCCAUCUUCGAUGGGACUGAUGCAUGCGCCGUGCCCGUCUUGGAACACGUGGAGAUGGAGGCCGCAGGCUACGACCAUAGACCUAUUGUCGGCUUGACCGAGAGCCCUGGGAGGGCGCCGGCGCUGCCGUGGAAGGGGAAACCUUUGAAACCUGGAGAGGGCGGCGAGAGGGCGCUCGCGGACUGGGUGGGCUGGAGAAGGGGGAGGGAUUACGAUGUUAGUGCACAAGGUGCCUUUGUCAAAAAGGAUAAGAGUAAGCUGUAA